AUGUUCUCGAAUAACGUCACCGCGGUGCUGCUGCUCUGUACGUCGCCGGAAGCGCCCGCGGGCCACCAGGCGCUCGGCUUGGUGCUGAUCGACGACGACGGCCACAUUGCCAAGCGCCUGCGCUCGGCGACGCCCCACUACCCCGGCCAGUUUAUGUUCUCGCCACUCGAGACGCCGUUGCGCACCCCCGCUGAGCUGCCUGAUCUCCCGACCCUGCUCCCCCCGGUGGGGUUGAUGGGGCCAGUGACGUUGCCGCCGAUCAAGCACACCCCCGUGGCCCCAGCGCCGGCAGCUGUGGCGCCAGCGCUGGCGGCGCCGGCCGACACCAAGAAGAUGAACGUGCUGAACUUGCUUUCUUAA